ACGCCCGAGGAGAGGGACGUGUGGAGGGAUGGAGGAAGAUCUGUUUGGAGGGAGGGCUGGAGAGAGGGAAGAGAGAGCGGCAUUGUGCAGAGCUACAGCUUCGAUUCAUACCAGCUGGAGGAGGAGGAGAUCAGUAAAGACGCACCGGAGCGAGGAGUGCUGGCUUUGUCCGAACCCGACUUUGAGGAACCGAUCCCUGACGACCGUUACCAUGGCAUCUACUUUGCAAUGCUACUGGCUGGAGUGGGUUUCCUGCUUCCCUACAACAGCUUCAUCACAGAUGUGGAUUACCUGCAUCAGAAGUUUAAAGGGACAUCGAUAGUGUUUGACAUGAGUCUGACGUACAUCUUAGUGGCUUUGCUGGCCGUCAUCCUCAACAAUGUGCUGGUGGAGCGACUCAGCAUGCACACCAGGAUCACUGUGGGUUACAUCUUAGCUUUGGGGCCCCUGAUCUUUGUCAGCGUGUUCGACGUUUGGCUGGAAAAGUUCACCACCAAGCAGGCUUAUGUCAUCAACCUGGUAUCAGUGGGAGUGGUGGCCUUUGGAUGUACAGUGCAGCAGUCCAGUUUCUAUGGUUACAUGGGGAUGCUGCCCAAGAGGUACACACAGGGGGUAAUGACUGGAGAGAGUACGGCCGGGGUGAUCAUCUCGCUGUCCCGCAUCUUCACCAAGCUGCUGAUCAAAGACGACAAGAAGAACACGCUGAUCUUCUUCCUCGUCUCCAUCAGCAUGGAAAUGCUGUGCUUCCUGCUUCACCUGCUGGUCCGCCGCUCACGAUUUGUCCGGUAUUACACCAGCCACGCCCAGGGUAAAGGUCCGGGCAAAUGUCACGAUCCGAGAGACAACGGGACCGGGUACAGGGUUCACCACGAUGUCACUGCAGAGGAAGUAAGAUUUGGAAACGGUGGUACAGGAGCGUCUUCUGUGGAGGAAAGCGUCGAGGACAUUGCGGGCGGUACCUAUGUUCGAUUUGAUGCCCCAAAAGCCAAGAUGAGAAGGAGCUGGCCCGGGCUCCGAGACAUGAUCUUGCAUCGUUACGUGGUGUCCCGUGUGAUCUGGGCCUACAUGCUGUCGAUAGCUGUGACCUACAGCAUCACGCUCUGUCUGUUUCCCGGGCUGGAGUCAGAGAUACGAAACUCCACCUUAGGUGAAUGGCUCCCCAUCCUCAUCAUGGCCACCUUCAACAUGUCGGACUUUGUUGGCAAGAUCCUGGCAGCACUGCCAUAUGACUGGUCUGGGGGUCGUCUGCUCUUCUUCUCUUGCCUGAGGGUGGUCUUCAUCCCUCUGUUUGUCAUGUGUGUGUAUCCUGCCAAUGAACCCACUCUAUCCCACCCUGCCUGGCCCUGUCUCUUUUCUCUCCUCAUGGGAGUCACCAACGGAUAUUUUGGGUCCGUACCGAUGAUCCAGGCUGCGGGCAAAGUGCCACCUGAACAGCGGGAGCUUGCAGGGAAUACUAUGACUGUCUCCUACAUGACAGGCCUGAUGGUUGGCUCCGCUGUAGCGUAUGCAGCUUAUAGCUUCACUGCUCCACCAACAGGAAUACGCUCCUCUACGCUCAACAUACACACACCUGCCAACACUACCGUGUAUUGAAUGUCCGUAGGUUUGACACGCACUCACUCAUCUGUCUGUAUACAUUUACAUGUACACACAUGCUGCGUUAGGACAGGACAUUUGCCCUUUCAGCAGCAUCAACUGAUGUACUAGACUCCAGCUGCAGAAUAACUCAACAAUAAGAAAAGAAAAGACAAGUAGUGGCUUUUAGUGUUGAAAGGAAUUAAGUGAAAAAAGUGCAGAUUUCUCCACUCGCUCAUCUCCCGGUGAUCCACUGACCUUCAAGCAUCUGCUCCGAUGAACUUCCCCGGAGGAAGAGAAGUGGAGCUGUGCGUCUGCCAGCAGGCAGACAUUAACCCUCAGAGUAUCACACAGUGAAAUUACUGUCUGCAUAUGUGCGAACACAUCAUCUGACAUUUGUACAGUGCAAAGUCAAGUGAUAUUUUGUUGCGGGGAGCUAAUGGCUUGUGGUUUUAGAGGAGACCUUGCAUUAUAUGUGAUGUUAUGUUUUAUGAAUUCUCAGAGCUGUCGCCCAUCAUAGCAAGAUGGUGUUCAGACUCACGUAAAAAUAUGAUCAGCGUUUUUAGACGAUGAGUUCCGUAAAUGCUCAUUUUAUUCGGGCCCUGUUAUUAAAACCAGUUUAACCUUAUGAGAUCUCAGCCCUUAUUGAGGACGACCCUAACCCUGUGCUAUCAGAAUAAGUCAUUUUUCAAACAAAUAAUCAUUAUAACUGAAAAACACUUACGUCUUGGGUUAGGGCUUGGGGCUAUGAGCUGUUACCAAUAACGACUCAGACCUCACAAGGGUUAAACAAACUGUCUUUUCUGCCUAAGACCCAAAGACAUUUUUUUGACCCUGAGAGCACUGUGUUAGAUAUCUAAUGCUGCAACCAGACUGGAGGAAAUAAUGGUGGAGGCAAUUAUUGCAACUGUGUGCAAUUAAAUUUUAAUGUCAUUGCCUUUGAAAUGGUUGCUUUGACAACAUAAUCGGAUCUGCAACAACUUGCAGUCAGUCGUUGUCUUCAAAGCGAAUUUGUUGCAUCGAGAUGACGGUAAAGGAACAAAAAGACUAAAUGGAGUCAAGUUGGCAGUCUGUUUUUGAUAACAACAAACACUGAAAUUCACAACAACUACUUCAAAUUCGGGACGUAGUUGCUGCAGGAUUGCUCAACAACCUUGCGUUCUAACAGGAGAAUAACUAGUUUGCAACCAGUUGAUUCAAACCCCUUACUACAACGAGACACUCUGCAGACAAGUUGUACUUUUCGAUGCAGACUCCAUUUAUAAAGUAAACUAAACAAUGAUUAUCAGCAAAAAUUCACCAAUCAGUCCGAUUGCUUCGUCCCUUGGAGCGGGCAACACCCUCAACCUCGGGGUGACCGCUUGGUUUCACGUGAGCGGACCACGCUCCUCUCUAAACUCACCUUCUUUCUUUUUUUUUUUUUCAAUCUCUAAACAUUUGUAACAUUUUGUGACUGCAUCUUGCAUGUUUGUGAAACUGUGUUGAAAGAAUCUGUCCACAAAGUAAUCGAACCUGUCGGUGUGGUAUUUCCUACUACAGCAGAGGGUCUUCAGGACCACGCAAUUGUCAUCAUGACACACAAACAAUACCAGCUGUAGGGUAAAAAAAAAGAAAGAAAGAAAUCAUGUAAAAGGAGAGAUUUCAGGUCACUUCUUGCGCCCCCUGAUGGCUGAAAAAAGUAUUUAUUUACCAGAGGAGGUAUCGGAGGUACUGCGCUCCUAUCGCGCUAGUCUUUGUUGGUUUAUCUGAAAUGCUUUGCACCUCCUUUGAAUGGUGUCUGUAUUAAAUGUCUAUGUGAUGAUGUGGGAUAUAAGGGGACAAAAUAAUUAGUGCCAAACAGUCUGUGUUUAUGACAGAUGCGAUUGGGGGAGGGAGAAAAAAGUGAAUGUAAAGUUGUAAAUACGUAGAAUAAAAUGCAUUCAAGGCAAUGAAAGGCAUUUAUUUUCACUACUGCAAAGCCUGUAGAAAGAAUCAGAUUCAUAUCUUUUGUAGCUUUAUUUAGUUGAAGUGACCCCUGGAUCCCCUCCUUUAUUUAUCUCUUUCUUUUUUCCAGCUGACGCGCAGCAGCGUCUCCGUUCCCUCAUGUUUCCUGUUGGACUUGAUUAAUUUUUCAGCGAUAAGAGAAGCAGCCGAGUUCACAGUUUAUAUAUUAUAUUUUAAAAAAAGAAAUAAAUAACAGACCUCAGUGUAAAGAGCCGCAAAUGUGCACUGCAUUAUGUAAGCGAUGGCUUGGAUGGAGAAUGUUGGCACUGUUUGAAACGGUGGGAUGCCAUUUGGGAGCUAACCUCAUUACUGUAUGUAUGUCCUGCUUCCUGCGGCCUCUCAGCGAGCUGCUGGGUUUGAAGGUGUUUUUAGUUAUUUUUGGUCAAUUGUGUCAUUAAAGGACAUGAAAAGUC